CGAAACUCCAAACUUUUUUAUCAGGCCGCUGCAGUGAGAAGCAGGACUGCACCGCCAUGUCUCGGAUUGACGAUUUACCAUACUCUAGACCACCAAAACAGAAAGCUUUGCAUCAAAAAGCUUCCACAGCAUCUCAUGUACAAGUGAAAGAUCCCAGUGAUCGAAUUAAGGGGUCUUUUCCAGCACAAACAGCACAGAAGGCUUCCAAAAGAAGUUUGAAAAAUGAACCAUCCGUAGUGUUUCAGCAGCCCGAAAGAUCGAAUUCGGAUUCGUUGCCAGAUUCAUCUGCAUCUGGGAAUGAGUACCGUGCCUUAAGAAGAAAAUACUUACUCCUAGAGGAAGAGAGCUUUAGUUUGGGAGCAGAACUGAAAGGAGUUGAAGAUGAAGUAAAGACCCUAGAAGAAGAAAAGCUUGGUCUCUUGGAUGAACUUCUUGUUUUAGAAGGACUAAUCGAUCGUUCAGAAUUGCAGCUUGCCCAUUCAAAUUUACCACAGCAUUAGUUACCUAUGUUGCUAAUUUUCUGCCUUUUGUGAUGAUAAGUAGAACUGGAAAAAUAUGUACAGUUUUGCUAGGAGCUGCUAUCAAUAUAAGAAAAAAUGUUUAACCUUUUGAGCCAUUGUAUAGGUCGGGGGUUAACAAGACAAGAAAGGAAGCUUCUUUAAUUUACUUCUUGAAAAUGCUGUUUAUGUAAUUCUAAGUUUUAUGAUUAAAUGUGUUAAUUUUUAUUAGA